GUUCCCCCGUCCGCGAUGCCUUCCAUCAUGUCUCAGAUCAGCGAUCCAAAGAUUGCUUUCGCCUACUUACGCCCGGCCUGCGUCCGGCUGACCCGAGAGCCCGUCGCGGCCAACGUGGAGACGCUGCGAGGGCAGCUGAAGGACGUGGACGAUGCCACGCUGCAGCAGCUCCAAGAGUACGUCCUCUUCCCCCUCCGCUUCGUCCUGAAAGUCCCCGGGCCCAGGAAGGACCGGCUGGUGCAGGCGGUGGCCGAGGCCAUGGCCUACGUCCUGGAGAACACGUGUGUCCGGAGCUGGGACACCCUCCGUGAGCUCUUCUCAGAGCUCUGCCUGUGCCUGGGCUCCCCCAGCGACCCGGGGAAACCCGCAGACACGUCGGAGGAGCUGAAGCUGGCCGUGCUGCGGUGCCUGGACGCCCUGCUGCACGCCGCCUACGGAGACAUCGUCUUCAGACUGUACGAGCCCGUCAUGCUGCCCGGCCUGGGCGCUGCCGUGUCGCUGCUGCUGGCUCUAGCAGAGAAGGAGAAGUCUAGAGAUAUUCAGGCGGCUGCUCUGAAGUUUCUCCAGGCCUUGACUUUGCAGUGCGACUGCGCUCAGGAUCACGUCAGCCCGUCUGCAGCUGAACGACGCUCCGUCGGCGACACCAUGGCUUCCUUCUUACCCGGCGUGACGACGGCGGUGGCCCGGAUUAUUACAGGAGACCUGAGACAAGGCCACGCUGUCACAGUCAGGGCCAUCAAGGUGUGGUGCAGGUGUGUGGGGCUGGUGAUGGAGGAUUCCCAGCUUCUCCCCACUACGGCCCUGACCCCCCCCUCGUCAGACCUGGGCCGGCUCGGGCAGCUGCUGGUCCGGCGGACAGACGACUGGGUGAAGAACACGGCGGGGAGACUGUCCGUCCUGCUGAAGAAGAUCAUUUCCUGCACGUCUGCUCACCUGCACUGGACGGUGCGGCUGGAGCUGGUGGAGCUGGCCGACCUCCUGCUGGCCCAGUGUGCCCAGUCCCUGAGAGAGAGCGCCGGGCCGCUGCUGGAGGCGCUGGUGGGGGCGAUUAACGACGACCACCCCAGAGUCAGAGACAGGUGCAAGGCUGCUCUCAGAGACGUGUCCCGGAGGAGCCAGCGGGGAGACAACCACGGCGGGGACCGGCAGACGUUCACGGACGUCCUGUCGGAGAACCUGCACGCGUUGGCCACCUCCCUCCCCAGACUCAUGAGGACCUCCGACGACCAGAAGAAGCUGUUCGUCCUCAGCGUGUUCCUGGGUUACCUGAAAGUCCUGGGGCCGCUGGUGUCCGUGGUGCUGAACUCUGCCGUUCAUCUGGAGAGGAUUUCUAAAGCCUUGAUGCAGGUGCUGGAGCUGGAUGUGAUGGAUGUUCGUAUUGUGGAAGAAAGAAGUUCCAGCGAGACCCUGAGCAGAAGCUCCGACCUUCACGACUCCUUCUACACUCACACACAGAGGAAAUCUUUUCUCUACUUCAGGGAUGAGAAGAUCUUCUGCGUGCUCAUGGAGAUCUGCCGAACCUUAGGUUACUAUGGCGACGUCUACCUCCUGAGCGACCACGUGCUGGACCUGUACCGCCAGUCCUCGGCGUACAGGAAACAGGCGGCCAUGGUGCUGAACGAGGUGGUGAGAGGAGCAGCAGGCGUCGCCGUGGCAACGCAGGGUCAGCGCCCGGACGAGGACGUCGGCGGGCCGUCGGCCUCCAAGGAGGACCUGAGGGCGGCCGUGGUGUCCAUCAUGGAGGAAUACACCAGUCUGAACAACUGGCACCUGAUUACCGUGAGCGAGGAGACGGACAGAGACCGGCAGGACCGGCAGCUCCUCAGCCCCUCCAGACUCCUCUCCAUAUCCAGCAGCGUCGCUGCAGAGAACCGUCUUGUACUUCACUCGGCUCCGACGGCGUCGUCGUCGUCCACAUCCACCGUGCACCAGCUCAACAGCAACAUCUGGCAGCUGUGCAUCCAGCUGGAGGGCGUGGCCUGCUUCGCCCAGGCCCUGGGCCGGGACUUCCGGCCGCUGCUGAUGGCCGCGCUGUACCCGCUGCUGGAGAAGGCGGGAGAGGAGACGCUGCUGGUCAGCGAGGCGGCGCUGAACUCCAUGAUGGACGUCAGCCAGGCCUGCGGCUACUCCUCCCUGAAGCAGCUGAUCAACGACAACUCGGACUACCUGCUGAACGACGUCUCCCUCAACCUGCAGAGACUCAGCCAGCACCCGCAGGCUCCGCGGGUGCUGACGGUGAUGCUGACUCACUCCGACUGCAGCCUGCUGCCUCUGGUGGGAGACAUCGUCCAGGACGUGCUGCUGACUCUGGACCUCAGCUACGACCGCUCGGCCGCUCUGUUCUGCUCCGUGCUGCUCGCACUCAUGAAGGCGCUGGCGAGGUGGUUUCCUUCCACGCGCAGCAGGAUCAACACGUCUGCCGGUCCCAGGAAGCCCUCCGCCGAACAACAAGAAUUCAACAUCCGCGAGUUCCUCCUGGAUUACCGGAAGCAGAAAGAGCUGGCGGAGGGCGUCGGGAUAGAGGAGGACGAUUCUGAGGAUCUCGAGGUGCCUCCUCCUUCGGAGUGUGAGGACGUGGACGAUAUCGGCGGCCCUGACGUGAAAGCAGAACUUCCUUUACACCUGAGCGUAACUAAAGAUGUGAUGGAGCGCUGCGUUCACCUGCUGUCCGACCCCGACCUGCGGCUGCGGCUCAAGGUCCUGGAGCUGCUGGAGCUGUGCGUGCAGGUCCUGAGCGAGAGGGAGGAUGAACUGCUGCCCAUGGCUCAUCGCUGCUGGCCGGCGCUCCUGCACAGACUCACAGCUGACGACCCGUUAGCCGUGCUGCGAGCCUUCAGGGUGCUGUGCACCCUGGGAGAAACGUGCGGGGACUUCCUGAGGCGGAGGGUUUCUAAGGAAGUGCUUCCCAAGCUGACGUCGUCGCUGUCGCGGCAGGCGGCGACCAGCGCCAAGGCCGGCCCGGUCUACACUCACACCCUGAACUACAAGCUGCAGCUGGCCGUGCUGCAGGGGCUGGGGGCGCUGUGCCAGAGGCUGGACCUGGGGGAAGCGGACCUGGACGUGGUGUGUGAAGCGUGUCUGCCCUACCUGAGCUGCAGGCAGCCCCCCAGGCUGCAGGAGGCCUGUCUGAGCGUUUUCCGCCACCUGAUCCAGCUGGACCCCGACUUGUUCUGGUUCACCCUGAGCGAGCUGCACUGCCCCCGACCGUCCCCGUACGUCCCCCCACACCCCGACCUGCCGCCCGUGCAGCUGAGCGGGGCCGGCCGGCCCAGAGACGAGCUCUCCGACAACGUGCUCAAACUGCUGAGGGAGGAGUUCGGCCCCGAGACGGCCCACUAGCCGCCGGCUAAUGAGCCGGGGAUUAACGCCACCGACCCGUCUCUCACACGGACGGCGUUUGGAAUCACUGGCGCCAGCAGGUCAAUGAAAUGAAAUGAAAUCUGACAGCGGGGCUGA